CCAUUUGUGUUUGCUGUCAAAAACACAGACGGAUGUCGUGAAUAAUUUUUAAGGAGAUCGAAACAUACUUAAUUUAGAUAUUCUUAUAAGUUAAGUUUAUAAUUUAGUUUUUACCAUCAUGUCUUUAACGCUCGACAAAGACGCAUUUUUUCGACGCAUGAAGAAGCUGUAUUCUGCGUGGAAGAGUGCUGCAGCCGACUCAAAAAGCGAAGAUGCAUUGGGAAAAGUUGAUUGUAUUGUCUCAUGCGUUGGAGUUGACGAGGAAACACUUUACAGCAAGUCUACAGCAUUACAGACUUGGCUUUUUGGCUAUGAGCUGCCAGACACAAUCACAGUCCUCACAGAAGAUGCUAUGUGUUUCCUGGCCAGCAAGAAGAAAAUUGACUUCCUCAAACCCAUAGAGAAUGCUAAAGAAGACUCAGACCUACCUCCGGCUAAGUUACUUGUGCGGGACAGAACAGACAAAGACAAAGAAAACAUCAACAAACUUAUACAGGAGAUGAAAAAAUCAAAAAAUGGCAAAGCAGUAGGUGUCUUCAUCAAAGAUAACUUCCCCGGUGAAUUCUGUGAAAGCUGGAAAGCGGCUCUCAAAGCUGAGAAGUUUGAGAAUGUGGAUGUCAGCUCUUCAUUUGCUAAUCUCAUGGCUACAAAGGAGGAUUCUGAGAUUAUUACAGUGAAGAAAGCGUGUCUGGUCACAGUGGAUGUGUUUACGAAGUAUUUAAAAGACCAGAUCAUGGAGAUUAUUGAUUCAGAUAAGAAAGUAAAACAUUCAAAAUUAGCUGAAGGCGUGGAAGCAGCAAUAUCAGACAAAAAAUACGUCACAGGCGUUGAUACAAGCCAAGUGGACAUGUGCUACCCCGCCAUCAUCCAAUCCGGAGGCCACUACAGUCUCAAAUUCAGUGCAAUCUCCGACAAGAACCAUCUACACUUUGGUGCAAUAGUAUGCUCUCUAGGCGCUCGAUAUAAAUCAUACUGCUCUAACAUAGUCCGGACAUUGCUGGUCAAUCCUUCAGACGACAUCCAGAGCAAUUAUAACUUCCUGUUGAAUUUGGAAGAAGAGGUGAUGAAGAAAUUGGUGGCUGGCGCAAAACUGUCGGCGGUUUAUGAGGCCGGGCUGGAACUGGCUAAGAAAGAGAAGCCGAAUUUGGUGGAUAAUCUUACAAAGUCCUUUGGGUUUUCAAUGGGUAUAGAGUUUCGAGAAAGUUCCAUCGUCAUUGGUCCCAAGACGAAUGUGGUGGCUAAAAAGGGUAUGGUGUUCAACAUCAACAUUGGACUGUCCAAUCUCACAAACAGUGCUGCUACCGAUAAAGAAGGAAAGACAUACGCACUCUUUAUCGGAGACACGGUCCUUGUAAACGAAGAGCAGCCGGCCUCGCUACUCACACAGUCAAAGAAGAAGAUCAAGAACAUCGGUAUCUUCCUCAAGGACGACGAUGAGGAUGAAGAGGAUGAAAAGGAGAACAAAACUGAGAUACUUGGCAGAGGCAAACGCACAGCCGUCAUCGAGUCCAAGCUUCGCACGGAGCACUCUUCCGAAGAAAAACGUAAAGAGCACCAAAGGGAACUCGCGAUCGCUCUAAACGAGAAAGCUAAGGAGCGUCUAGCGAAGCAAUCUGGUGGGAAGGACAAUGAGAAGAUAAGGAAGAGUACGGUGUCGUAUAAAAGUGUUAGUCAGAUGCCGAGGGAAAAUGAAGUGAAAGAGCUUAAACUUUACGUUGAUCGUAAAUACGAAACGGUUAUCCUGCCCGUAUUCGGCGUACCCGUACCAUUCCACAUCUCCACCAUCAAAAACAUCUCCCAGUCUGUGGAAGGCGACUACACGUACCUGCGUAUCAACUUCUUCCACCCUGGAGCCACUAUGGGCAGGAAUGAGGGCGGGAAUUACGCCCAGCCUGACGCCACAUUCGUUAAAGAAGUCACAUACCGCAGCACAAACACGAAAGAACCCGGCGAAAUCUCCCCACCAUCAGCGAACUUAAACACCGGCUUCCGACUUAUCAAAGAAGUUCAAAAGAAAUUCAAAACAAGAGAGGCAGAAGAACGCGAAAAAGAAGACUUAGUCAAACAAGACACACUAGUAUUAUCACAGAGCAAAGGAAACCCGAAAUUAAAGGACCUGUACAUAAGACCGAAUAUAGUUACAAAGAGAAUGAGUGGGUCACUCGAAGCGCAUACAAAUGGAUUCAGAUUCACUUCAGAGGGAGACAAAGUGGAUAUCUUAUAUAAUAAUAUAAAGAAUGCGUUCUUCCAGCCGUGUGAUGGAGAAAUGAUCAUAUUGUUACAUUUCCAUUUGAAACAUGCUAUUAUGUUUGGUAAAAAGAAGCACGUGGAUGUACAAUUCUACACAGAAGUGGGUGAGAUCACGACCGAUCUCGGCAAACACCAGCACAUGCACGACCGCGACGAUCUGGCCGCGGAACAGAGCGAGAGAGAACUGAGACAUAAGCUCAAGGUGGCGUUUAAGAGCUUCUGCGAGAGGGUCGAGAAUAUGACUAAGCAGGAGAUUGAGUUUGACACGCCAUUCAGAGAGCUCGGAUUCCCCGGUGCACCAUUCCGCAGCACAGUCCUCCUGCAACCCACAUCAGGCGCGCUCGUCAACCUCACUGAAUGGCCUCCGUUCGUCAUCGCACUUGAAGACGUCGAACUGGUCCACUUUGAGCGAGUGCAGUUCCAUCUCAAGAACUUCGAUAUGGUGUUCGUGUUUAAGGAUUACGCUAAGAAGGUCGCCAUGGUCAAUGCUGUGCCUAUGAACAUGCUGGAUCAUGUUAAGGAGUGGCUCAAUUCAUGUGACAUUCGCUACUCGGAGGGCAUCCAAUCUCUCAACUGGACCAAAGUCAUGAAGACCAUCACAGAUGACAUCGAAGGCUUCUUUGACAACGGCGGCUGGUCCUUCCUUGACCCUGAAUCUGACGAAGAGGGCGCUGCACAAAAAGCGGAUGACGAUUCAGAAGAAGAGGAUGAUGCAUACGAGCCUACCGAUGUUGAAUCAGAGGAAGAAUCUGACGAUGAUUCAGAGUACGACUCCGAGGCCUCUGACGUGUCUGACGGCUCCAGUGAAGGAGAAGAAGAAGAAGAGGAAUCCGGCAAAGACUGGUCCGAUUUAGAGCGUGAAGCCGCCGAAGAAGACAAAAAGGAACGUAACUACGAACGCGGCGACGCAGACUUCGACCGCAAACGUAAAGGCGGCCGCGACAUAUCGCGCUAUGAUGACAAGAAGUCCAAGCAUGAUAAGAACCAUAAGAGUUCGAGUUCCAACCAUAAGAGCUCGAGCUCAAAUCAUAAGAGUUCGAGUUCCAAUCAUAAGAGCUCGAGCCAUAAGAGUCCGUCGAAACAUAGUAGCAGCAGUCCAUCAAAGAACCGCGACAAGCACCACAAGUCGUCCCACCACGAGCGCGACCACAAGUCGAGCAGCCACAAGUCCAACGGCGACAGCAAGCGCCACUCCGGCGACCGCCACAAGCGCUCCCGGGACGACUCGCGCGAGGAGCGCAGCUCCAAGAAGCAGAAGAAAUAAGAUGUGAAACUAUCUCAGUAGCGGAGUUACGGGUCUCAAUCCACGCACGACUCGCGUCUUAAUUAAUUUUAAUUGUUAGUUUACCAUGUCCGUCUGUAUGUUCAAAAUCAGGUUGCCUGUUUGUAUGUAUGUAGAUCAAUUCGAUUCCAUUACGUUAAUUUAUAAAGAACACUUGAAAUAAAUGUAAGAUUUCAUUA